ACCCUUAAAGAUAAUCAGAAAACAGUACUCAAUUUGUGAAAUGGUGCCUGCAAUGGCAGGAGCCCAGCCCUACUUCCAUCUUUGCUGUAUGCACUGCGCAGCGAAGUCCCCCCCGCUUUUAGCUCCUUCCAUCUUCGAAAGCACCAAAUAUGCGAAACCCUAGAAUCUCCAGCUGUUCCACUGGAACCCUUUCUCUCUCCGUCCCUCUACUUCGCGCACUCAGGUGGCGGGGUUCAGCUGCCCUGAGGCCUUGGCUUUGUCUCCUCUCUCUUUCUCUCUCCUGCUGUUCCAUUUUAGAUCUGUCAAGGAGCCUCAAAUCGUUAUUCUCGUCGCGGCCUUGGCCGAGAGAAACGAGAGAAAGGGCGGCUUGAUCCUCAUCAAUGCUUUUGUGAAUGUGCAAUUUUUGAUUCGGUGCAGUUUCAAUGGAAAUUUUCUGAGCUUAAAAGUCUUUUGUGAGAAAAAUGGAUUGGGUCGGUGAUAAUGAUGAGAAUGAUAGCAAUUUUAGUUGGGAGACUGAUGAUGAUGAUGAUGAUAAGGAAAGACCAACAAAUCCUUAUCGGGAGGUUUCCGAGGCAGGUCCAUCUCAGCCUAGUUUAUAUUCCCAUUUCAUUGGAAUGGGUUUCAGUGGAGACAUGGUUGAAAAGGCCAUUAAGGAAAAUGGAGAAGGAAAUGUUGAAACUAUUCUUGAAACUCUGCUAACUUAUUCGGCUAUUGGAAAUUCUCCUUCGGGCCCUGAAGAUGCCCCUGCUGAGUGUCCAGUUACUAGUGAUGAAGAUUCCUUUGAAGAUGAUGUGUGGGAUACUGAUGACUCUAAUGAUAAGGAUUUCAUAGAGGAUCUGCCGGAGAAAGAGAAAAAGUUAUUGACAUUGGUUGAUAUGGGCUUCUCUACGGAGGAGGCAGCUGCAGCCAUAGACAGAUGUGGUAUAGCUUCUCUUACAUUUGAUGCAGCAUGGUGUGAUAUGUCUACAAAAAAAAUUGAUGUUGUUGUUGCCUUAUUCUGAUAUUUUAUCUUUACCUACUAUG